ACAUCGUUCAAUGUUCUUGUUGGCCAAUGCACAUUUCUCUCAGUAAUUGAAUCGUAGAUGUGAUCUAAAUUGUCCUUUAACCCAUGUCUUGAUCUGGAAUUUAGAUAUAAUCUUUUGAUACGAACCCUGUGCCGUGUAACAUCUGUAUUCCAUAUAUGGACCUUGAAAACAAGAUGAUAUUCGAGAGAGUAAAAGAUCUCGACUAUUCUAGACUAUCUAAGACUAAGUAAGAGCCUUGGACUUGGUAUGGUGAUGGUAUCUUAGUUUAGUUUCUCUGUCAAAAUAAUUUGGACCUCAUCACGUUCACGCCCUGCUGACCUGAAUAGUGGAUGUUGACGCGGCUAAUGUUAUCAUUUAUAACUAGAUCUAGAUAGACUUAUCACUAUUAUUGUCCCAGUAUUCUAUAUCUAACCUAGAGUCUAGCUUAUUCACAAGAGUAAAUAGUGCUGUGGUGGUCUCGCAGCUCAAUCCUCUGUUGUUGUGUCCACAUAACAUUGUGUGUCAAGUUGGCUUCCCAAAAAUGUAGCCUAAUUUAAAUGUCAAAAUCUUGACACAUUCACCGUCAGUGUGAGCCACCUCUUCCACUUGGUAGAUCUAACUGAUUUGCUUCUGAAUCGUUGAUUGUUCAAGAUCCCACCAAGUGAACAAAGCCAAAGCAAAACCACUUUUUUGGAGCAGACAAAAACAAAGUCCAACAAGAACUAUCAAGGCAUGAACCUUGCAAAAAUAACGUCUACCGUUGGCUUGAACAUCGGAAAGAUUGAUGUUGGGACGUCGAGACUCAACUUCUGGGAUCUGGGAGGUCAGGAAGAGCUGCAGUCCCUCUGGGAUAAGUAUUAUGUGGAGUCACAUGCUGUGAUUUUUAUAGUCGACUCCUCCGACAGAGACAGAAUAGAAGAAUCAAGAGAUGCUUUUGAGAAAAUGGUCAUGAACGAUAAUCUGGCUGGUGUACCUCUUAUGCUGCUGGCAAAUAAACAAGAUCUUGACGGCUGUUUGAAAGUGACUGAAGUGAAGACGAUAUUCAACUCUCCCUUGCAGUGUAUGGGUCAGAGGGAGUCAUGGGUACAGGCAGUCUCAGCACUCAGAGGGGAUGGUGUCCAGGAAGGCAUCGACUGGCUCGUUGAAGCAAUCAAAAGGAACAGCUCAGCACGCCCUCCACAGCAGAAGGAGAUUACGUGACGAGAGCAGAGGUUUUUAGACAUUCCGAUGAGUCCUAUUUAUGCUGUUACCAAGGUGGAAGUUUAUUGUAGUGAAGACUAUGAUAUAGUAUUCUUUUUGGAAUGUUGCAUGGCUUCAGAAUGGCUGGAGAGGUCAUCAUGUGUUGAGAGUUAGAGCAAUUUGAGGUAAAUAAAACAGAGGUUUUUAGGUGUUUUGAUGAAUUUUAAUAAUGUUAAUGCUGAGAGGGAAGUCUGUAUUUGGAGAGGCUGUGACACUGUUCUUGGAUUGCUGCUCAACUCUUAGCAACCUGAAGAGGUCAUUGUUUUUAACUUGGUAGAGCAAGUUACAUGUGGGGUAUUGACUUUUUGAGGUUCAGGUGAGCGACUGGUAUGAGUGAUGAAGGAAUUCGAGUCAAUCUGAAUUUUGUUGUCUUUUUUUGUAUGUUUAUGUAUGAGAGAUGAGUGCCUAUCCUGGUUAAGUUAAAUUAUACACACAGUCAGACCUUGAUGGACAUGCCGACAUCUUCAGGAGUGGGUCGAGAUUUUUUUUAGUGUGAAAUAUUCUAAGGCAAUGGAGUUUAUGAUUUGAGCUUUACUAGUAUCUGUACCUCAAAUGUAACUGUGUGGAGAAACUCUCAAGGAAUGUUAUGGGAUGUCUCUUACAGGUUAACUCUCAGUCAACCGGACAGAAUGCUCUUGGAGACAUUCUGACUGUACAUUCCAGUGCUGGUUUUCUGCUCUGCUGAAAAUGCAAUAAGGAUGAGCUGUUUCUUGAGACCGAAAAUCUUCAGGGUCUUAUUGAAGAAAAUAUCAGGCUUGCCAAUUGUCCAAAAUUCUCUGGGACUGACCUGGAUUUGUCAAUCGGGAAUUUGAGAGCUUUAUCACAUUCACUACAUUCAAACCAGUCCCACUCGGUGUAGUUUUUUUUUCUCCAUUGUUACGUAAUAUGAUGGUUUAACAUUAGAUGUCCCUGAUUGAGUUCUAAAAAACAUUGGCAAGCCUGAAACAUUAACAGAUGCACAAUUAGUCUAAUACAUACCUCUCUGAUUUGUAUGAAAGUUUGAACAUGAUAAUGAUAAAAUUGAAGUGAUUUUUCUUGAGAAAUAUAGAUUUUUUGGAUGAAUUGGAUUUGUUUUAAAACGUCAGUCAAGUUUAAUGGAAAUUUGGUAAAUAAAUUAUAAGCAGCAAAUAGCAAGGGUUGUCAUGUUGUUUGCCAUGUGUGAAUGCUCUUUUACUUUUUUGCUGUUUGUCCAUUUCUUGGGACCGGACAGUAUCAAAAGUGGCACAAAGCCUGAACUCCAGCAAAAUGUAAAGUCAGCUGUGUAUUGUAUCUGCUUUUUUUGCUCUUCAACAAUGGAGGUUGAAGUGAAAGUUCUGUAUCAAAACACAUGGUCACAUCAAGUUACUGUUUUUAAUAAUUGAUAAAUAUUAUUACAGUAUUUGUUUAUGGUCUCAGAGCAGUGAUAUUCUUACUGCCUUUUACUGACUUGCCUGUUUGUUCAAGAAAGAAAAAAAUAAGAUAGUCAAAAUUUAGAUAAUUGAGGAGUAAUCAAAUUGCAGCAUGUAUUAUUUCAUGUGAGAAUGCUUCCUUUCAGUAAAUGCUUUGAAGACAAUAGUGAUAGGUUUUUAAAAUUUACUUUCGCCUAAUUAUUUUUGUGUGUAGUAUAUAUUUUUAACCUACCUAAAUGAAAUGACCAUUAUUGUGUCAGUAUGCUUCUUUUCUCUUUUUUGCUUUGGACUUUGUUUAUUACCGCUUCACAUCAUCUCACUGAUACAGACCCACUGUUUUUCACCUCAUAAAAGUUGCCACUGCAGUGUAAACCAUAUUGCUGCUCUGUAAUGAGGACGCUUUCAUGAAGCAGCGAUUGUAUGUUAGUCCAAUAAAAUCAAGGCUUGUGGCUUCAAGUUUGGGGGCAGGGGACACAUGCAUUUACCAAAAUGCAUGGUCAAAAUGUAGGCAAAUGAAUUCUACAAAAUAUGCUGAUGGUGAAUCGAAAGUGUUAUAAAUUGAUAGGGACUGGAUAUUCCAAGGCUUUCAUUAGCUUGGUGUCAAAUAUCAGAGAAAGCAGAGCAGAGAAAAGCUGUAAAGUACUGUACCAUCAGAUCUUUUCUACACUCUCAUUGUUUUGCAGGAAAAAGCCACCCUUUUGGAUUUUAAGUCAAAGUUUUUAAGUUGGAAUUACGGUGAUGUCCACCUAACAGCAACCCCCUUAACGCUUUGUGCCCUAGCCCCCUGGGUGAACUUUUCCCCUUUGCCUGGGCUCCUGAGCCCAAUUCAGAAAAAA